AUGAAAUCUACAUACUUUAUCGCUGCCUUUGUGGCCCUCGCGCAGGCCAAGUCUAUUGAUGACAUACCUGCGUGUGCCCGCGAUUGUCUCAGGAAUUCGGUGAAGAAGGUGACACCACAAUGUGGGGAGUCAGACUUCCAUUGUAUCUGUCCGAAAUUCGACGCCGUGAGGGGUGACGCUGCGGGCUGCGUUCUGGGCGCCUGUGGAGCGGAAACGGGCAAGGGUAAUCCUCGACGCUGUAAGAAAGCUUUGCGAGGGCGAGUGAGAAGGACAGGUCAUCACCUGUCGCAGCACGAGCGGGUCAGGCUUAUGUCGUGUCGGACGAACUCCAUCAGACGUGAUUGUGGGCGGCGUUGGACUCCUCUCGCGCGGGCCUUUGUGAGAUACGCCUGCAACCAGCGAAAGGCGGGUUAA